UUGCUUAGCUACAUUGCCCUCUUUCCGUCCCUUCACGCUCGUAUCACGGGCUCCCUCGCCAUGAAGCAACCGGAAGCCGUCAACCCGCCAGGAACGUCUUCGACACUAGCGUCGAGCCCGAAUAUCGAGGUCGAGAAGACAGAGGCGAUAGCUGAGAGCAGUGCCCAGGACAUAGACCAGCGCCAUUCAAUGGUCCAACACCUUGCUCGCCAAUUCUCUGACCAGUCUGCACUUGGUAGUGAGCACCCAGCCUUCGUCAGUAAUGACCCAGACUCCCCUUUGAAUCCCCAUGGCGACAAAUUCAAUGCGAAAGCCUGGGCGAUGACGGUGGUGAAUGCUGCCAGAUCCUCCGACACACCGUUUCGGCAAACUGGUCUCUGCUUCCAAAACAUGAGUGUCUUCGGGUUUGGCACUCCGAUCGAUUUCCAGAAGAAUGUCGCCAAUGUGUGGCUUGCGCUGCCCAAUAUGAUCCGUCGCCUCUUCCUGCAUUCGACAAAUGACCGACGCAUUGACAUUCUACAUGACAUGGAUGGUAUCAUCAACCCCGGCGAGAUGUGCGUUGUCUUAGGGCCGCCUGGAUCAGGGUGUUCGACAUUUCUAAAAUCCAUUGCGGGCGAGACGAAUGGAAUUCACAUUUCCGAGGACUCACACUUCAACUAUCAGGGUAUUUCAUCUCAGGAGAUGCAUACCGCCCACAGGGGCGAGACUAUCUAUACUGCCGAGACAGAUGUUCACUUUCCUAAACUCACAGUCGGGGAGACUUUGCAAUUUGCAUCUCGAGCUCGCUGUCCAAGAUCACUGCCGCCCGGUAUUUCGAAAGACAAGUAUUGUGAACACCUCCGCGAUGUAGUGAUGGCCAUGUAUGGCAUCAGUCACACUCUCAACUCCAAAGUCGGCAAUGACUUUGUCCGAGGCGUCUCGGGAGGUGAACGAAAACGAGUCACUAUCGCCGAAUCGACUUUGGCAAACGCCCCAUUCCAGUGCUGGGAUAAGUACGUUGAUCCUUCCAUCUCUUCUAAACACUCUAUCAUAAUUCUGAUUGAUGCCUAUAGCUCAACACGUGGCCUUGAUUCUGCCAACGCGAUCGAGUUUUGCAAGACCCUUCGACUGCAGUCUCAGCUUUUCGGACAAGCGUGUGCGGUAUCGAUCUAUCAGGCACCACAAGCAGCAUUCGACUUGUUUGAUAAGGCUACGGUGAUCUACGAAGGGCGACAGAUAUACUUUGGCCCUGCAUCCAAGGCCAGGGGGUAUUUCAUCAACCUUGGAUUCGAGCCUCAUGCUCGACAGACGACACCCGAUUUCUUGACAUCAAUGACUUCGCCUUCAGAGCGUGUACCCCGCCCUGGCUUCAAAUCUCCUCAAACACCAGAGGAUUUCGCAGCUGUUUGGAAGGCAAGUCAGGAAUAUCGAGAACUGAAGAUGCAAAUGGAAGAAUACCAAAUACGACACCCCAUUGGCGGCUCAGACGCUCUGACUUUCCGGGAGCAGAAGAAAUCAGUACAGGCCCACGGCCAACGACUCAAUUCUCCCUUCAUGCUGAGCUAUUCUCAACAAGUCAUGCUUUGUCUCUGGCGUGGAUAUAGACGCCUGCUGGCAGACCCCGGGAUUCCUGUUGGCAUGUCCAUCGGCAAUCUUGUGAUAGGGCUUAUCCUCUCAUCGCUAUUCUACAACCUCGGGCUGAACACAGACUCGUUCUACGGCCGCAGCUGUGUCCUGUUCAUGACCAUCAUCUCCAAUGCCUUCGCUUCAAUGCUCGAGAUCUUUACGCUGUAUGAUCAGCGACCCAUUGUCGAAAAGCAAAAUCGUUACGCAUUCUAUCACCCUUCAGCCGAAUCAUAUUCUUCUGUAUUGCUCGACCUACCUAUCAAGGUUCUCAACAACAUCGUCUUCAACAGCGUCUUCUAUUUCAUGACAAAUCUCAACCGCCAACCCGGACCCUUUUUCUUUUAUAUGUUCGUCAUGUUUCUCGUCACUUUGGCCAUGUCUGGGGUCUUUAGAUCAAUAGCCGCGUUAUCUCGAACCUUAUAUCAGGCCAUGAUACCUGCAGCCAUCCUGAUGCUCUCUCUCAUCAUUUUCACCGGCUUCGUCAUGCCCAUCGACUACAUGCUGUCAUGGUGCCGUUGGAUCAGCUACCUGAACCCGGUCGCCUACGGCUUUGAAUCCCUCAUGGUCAAUGAGUUCCACGGCCGUGACUUCCCCUGCACCACCUACGUCCCUGAUUAUGCCGACCGCGCAAGUGCGGCUUGCGGUGCCAUCGGGGCUGUUCCCGGCCGCUCCUAUGUCAACGGCGAGGACUACAUCAACAUUGCUUACAGCUACUAUCAUGCCCACAAGUGGCGCAACGUGGGGAUCGUCAUCGCCAUGAUUCUCUUCAACCACGUCGUCUACUUUGUUGCCAGCGAGUACAUCACCGCUAAGAAAUCCAAGGGCGAAGUGCUUGUAUUCAGACGAGGCUUUGUGCCUGCUUCGCAAGUUAAAGAUACAACUGACGUCGAGAAGUCGCUGCCCCGCCCGGUGCCAGUGUCGAAGCAGUUUGAGGGAUCUUCCUCCAGUGUUGACAGGACCAUCCAAGCGUCUGUGAGUGUUUUUCACUGGAGCAAUGUAUGCUACGAUCUGAAGAUCAAGAAGGAGAACCGGCGCAUCCUUGAUCACGUCGAUGGCUGGGUCAAGCCGGGCACGCUCACAGCUCUGAUGGGAGUCUCGGGCGCAGGUAAAACAACUCUGCUGGAUUGCCUAGCUGCUCGGUUGGGCGCUGGGGUCAUCACGGGGGAGAUGCUGGUUGACGGCCAUCUCCGCGACGAUAGCUUUCAAAGAAAGACGGGGUAUGUCCAGCAACAGGAUCUUCAUCUGGAGACAAGCACAGUCAGAGAGGCAUUGGAAUUCUCAGCACUUCUCCGCCAACCGGAAUCGAACACUCGGGAAGAAAAGCUUGCAUACAUCGAUGAAGUGAUCAAGUUGCUAGACAUGGAAGAAUACGCAGAUGCAAUUGUCGGCGUGUUGGGCGAGGGUCUCAACAUCGAGCAGCGCAAACGCCUCACUAUUGGUGUCGAGCUAGCUGCCAAACCGCCUCUACUUCUUUUCGUUGAUGAACCUACAUCAGGUCUUGACUCUCAAACCAGCUGGGCUAUUCUCAAUCUGCUGGAGAAGCUUUCGAAAGCUGGCCAGUCUAUUCUUUGCACCAUCCACCAACCCUCAGCCAUGCUCUUCCAAAGAUUUGAUAGAUUGCUCUUCUUGUCCAAGAAUGGGAGAACCGUAUAUUUUGGUGAUAUUGGAGAGAAUUCCAGAACCCUGACCGAGUAUUUCGAACGAUAUUCAGCGCCGACCUGCCCUCCUGGCGUCAACCCAGCUGAAUGGAUGUUCGAGGCCAUUGGCGAUGCCCCCGGGAGCGAGUCAAAGGUCGACUGGCAUCAGACGUGGCGCUCAAGCCCCGAAUUUGAAGCCGUCCAGAGCGAGUUGAAACGCCUCAAGGAAUCGAGCCAGAAUGAAUCGGCCACUACAGAGAUUCACGACAAACACGCAUAUGCAGAAUUCGCAGCACCACUAUGGGACCAGCUACUAGUCGUGACGACCCGCGCCUUUGAACAAUAUUGGCGCACGCCCUCUUACAUCUACUCCAAACUGAGCCUGUGCAUCUGCGUAAGUCUGUUCAUUGGCUUGGUAUUUCUCGAUGGGCCACGAUCUAUCCAGGGCCUUCAAAACCAGAUGUUCGCCAUCUUCGAAUUCUGCUCCAUCUUUUCCCAGCUCGUCCAGCAGCAGAUACCAAGUUUCGUGACACAGCGCACUCUCUACGAAGCCCGGGAGCGGCCAUCCAAGACAUACUCGUGGAAGAUAUUCAUGCUCAGCCAGAUCAUCAUCGAGAUUCCCUGGAAUAUAAUCGCGUCAGUGUUUCUGUGGGCUCUGAUUUACUACCCUGUGGGAUUCUACAAAAACGCCGAAGCCGCCGACCAAGGAACAGAGAGAGGCGUGUUGAUGUGGCUGUUGUUCCUCCAGUUCAUCAUGUUGACGUCGACGUUUGCGACAAUGUGCAUGUCCUUCACUGACUCGGGGGAAUCGGGCGGGAACCUCGCCAACUUGCUCUUUAUGCUCUCCUUUUUCUUCUGCGGUGUUCUCGCCAAGGCCGACUCCAUGCCCCAUUUCUGGAUAUUCCUUUACCGCUGUACGCCAUUGACGUACUGGGUCUCCUCCGUUCUUUCGACAGGUCUGGCCAAUAACAAAGUCGAAUGUGCUACCAAUGAAUGGGUCCCUGUCAGCCUUCCAACGAACGAGACUUGCGGUGGCUAUAUGGCGGAAUACAUCUCCAGCCGGGGCGGCUACGUGCUUGACGCCGAUAGCACGGCCAGCUGUAGUUAUUGUUCCAUGAGCGACACCAAUGUCUUUCUACAGACCAUCGGUUCUGACUAUAGCAAUCGAUGGAGAGACUUUGGGCUUGGCUGGGUCUACAUUGUCUUCAAUGUCUGUGCCGCCCUGGCUUUGUACUAUCUAGUGCGAAUGCCAAAGGGGAAGAAGACGCUUUAG